AUGUCAGACCACCGUGAGCAUUCUGAGAUCGAAAGCACGAGAUAUGAGUCUUCUCGCUCGAGUACGGAUUCAGAUUCCGUAGAUUCAAGGCCUCGGGUUAGGCAGGGAUCAACAUCGACUUCCCAGCGGGAGAGAUCAAAUUCCCGGCCAAGAUCUUCUGAAAUCACUCGCAUAUAUUCUGGUGUCUAUCUUGACGACCACUCCGUUUAUCAUGGCGAUGAUGACAAUGGAGCUUCUGCAGAUCGUGACAUGCCGCGCGGAAACAAUGAGAAGGCUUUGGACGUGGCACUCGAAGUUAGGAACGGGAUCGUCAACGAAAGGGAUCUUGACCUGGAGGCAAACAGGCAGAGUCCAGCGGCUGAAAUAGAGAAGACUAGGACAGCUCGCUCGGAACAACCAUCUGAUCCCAAGCUUGUUACGUGGGAUGGGCCAGAUGACCCUAGAAACCCUAAAAAUUGGACUAUAAAGAAGAAAUGGGCGAUUGUAGUGACAGUGUCGUUAUUCACAUUCAUUUCUCCGGUCUCCUCUUCUAUGGUGGCACCAGCGUUGACUACUAUGUCCAAAGAUCUGAACAUCACAGAUGCUGUCGAAUCUCAGCUUACCCUUUCAAUCUUCGUUCUGGCUUACGCCGUCGGCCCGCUUUUCCUUGGUCCUCUUUCCGAAAUCUAUGGCAGGGUGAUCGUUCUGCAAUUGUCCAAUCUGUUUUACCUAGUUUUCAACAUUGCCUGCGGUGUGGCACAAACUAAGGCGCAGAUGAUCGUUUGUCGGCUCUUUUCUGGACUAGGCGGCAGUGCUCCAAUGGCGGUUGGUGGUGCGGUUUUAUCAGACUGCUUCAGACCUGAAGAACGAGGCAAAGGUGUUGCUAUCUACAGUCUGGCCCCUCUUCUUGGCCCGGCAGUCGGCCCCAUCGCUGGCGGGUUUAUCGCAGAGUACACAACGUGGCGCUGGGUAUUCUAUGCGACUUCUAUUACUGAUGGGGUCAUCCAAAUAGCCGGUCUCUUCUUUCUGAAAGAGACCUACGCACCUGUUCUCCUUGGCAGACGCGCAAAGAAAAUCCGUGCUGAAACGGGCGACUCGUCCUAUCAAACGGAAGUAGAGCGCCAAAACAAGACACUCAGCCAAACACUCAGCUCGGCUCUCGUCCGUCCUUUCCGCCUUUUGACCACGCAGCCAAUUGUGCAAGCCCUUGCUGUUUACCUCGCUUACAUGUACGGAAUCAUUUACCUCGUCCUUUCGACAUUUCCGACUCUCUGGACAGGCGAACAAUACUACAACGAAUCCAUCGGCAUUGGCGGAUUGAACUAUAUCUCACUAGGAGUAGGGUUCUGGCUUGGUUCUCAGAUUUGCGCCCCGCUCAACGAUCGAGUCUACCGCCGUUUGAAGACACGGAACGGUGGUGUCGGGAAACCUGAAUUCCGAGUCCCCCUUCUCGGCAUCCCAGCUUUCCUCACCCCGGCCAGCCUGUUUAUAUAUGGCUGGACAGGCGAGAAACAUACACACUGGAUAGCGCCGAACAUCGGUGCUGCGAUGUUCGGUAUGGGAACCAUUGUCACCUUCCAAUGCGCACAGACCUACCUGAUUGACUCGUAUACACGGUUCGCAGCAAGUGCUCUGGCAGCGACAUCGUUCUUGCGAUCAAUAUGUGGGUUCGCGUUCCCGCUCUUUGCGCCUUAUAUGUAUGACGCACUGCAAUUUGGGUGGGGAAAUAGUCUUCUUGGUUUCAUUUCGCUGGGGCUGGGUAUUCUGGCGCCGAUAUUUCUGUGGAAAUUUGGUGGUGCGCUGAGGAAGAGGAGCCCGUAUGCGGCAGGUUAG